AUGGCCUCCCCGUGUCGUAUCGUCGUCAUGGCCAGCGGCAGCGGCAGCAACUUCCAGGCGGUGCUCGACGCCGUCGCGUCCGGCCGCAUCCCCAACUCGCAGAUCGUGAGACUCUUUGUGAACCGCAAGACCGCCUUUGCCGUGUCGCGCGCAGAGAAGGCCGGCAUCCCCUCCGAGUACUUCAACAUGGUGUCCGGCGGGUUCCAGGCGAAGGGGGAGAAGGACGCGGAGAAGCUCGCUGCGGCCAGGUCACGCUACGACGCCGCGCUGGCGGACAAGGUGAUUCAGCAAAGCCCGGACCUGAUCGUCCUGGCCGGCUGGAUGCACGUCUUCACGCCUUCGUUCUUGGUCCCCUUGGCGGAGAAGGGUGUCCCCAUAAUCAACCUUCAUCCUGCCCUACCAGGACAGUUCGAUGGAGCCGGCGCGAUCGAGCGAGCAUACCAAGAGUUCCAGGCGGGCAAACUGGAGAACAACCGCACCGGCAUCAUGAUCCACUACGUGAUCGCCAAGGUCGACAGGGGCCAGCCCAUCAUGACCAGGGAGAUCGAGUGCCGGGAAGGAGAGAAGCUGGAGGAGCUCGAGCAGAGGAUACACUCCCACGAGCACGAGCUGAUCGUGGAGGCCACCGCCAAAGUGGUCGGCGAGUUGCUGGCGAAGAGGGACAGUGCAUGA